AUGGCCGACCGCUUUCCCUCCUUAGACGAGAUCGAUGCCGGUCAGACCUCCGCCCGCGGCGACGCCAACUUUGAUCUCGUAGACGACAGCGGCAAUACUGACGACUUCCUCGCCCGCGAGCGGGCCGCGCUGGGUGACGACGCAAACCAAUUCGCUUCAGGCAACGACAAGGGCACCACAGUUGAGGAUGCUGGUGACGACGACCUGCUCGGCGGAGACUAUCAAGAUGCCGCGGGCGGGGAAGAGAUGUCAGGCUUUGAGAGCUCGUUUCCGGCGAUAGAUACAGGGAACCAGCAAAUGGCCCCCGGCGGCACCAUAACCGGCACCGGCGCCCCCUACCUCCCCGGCGCACCCCGGACCCCCCAACCGGGCGGCGCCUCCUCCUACGCGCCCUCCACCGCCUUCGACGCCUCCGAAUCCGAGCCCGACGUAAUCCGCGAAUGGCGCGAACGCCGCGACCUCGCGAUCCAGCACCGCGACCAAGUCUCCGCCGAGCGACGCGCCGCGACCAUCAAAGCGGCGCAGGAAGCCAUCGACGACUUCUACGAGAACUACAACAACAAGAAGGAGAAGGGCAUCGCGCAGACGCGGCGGGAGGCCGAGGAGUUUCUGAGCAAGCGCGAGGACACGGCGAGUGGCGGCACGAGCUGGGAGAGGAUUGCGAAGUUGGUCGAUUUGAGUGGGAAGGGGGUUAGGGGCGGCGCGAGCGGGAGCGAGAAGGCGAGGUUCAGGGAGCUGUUGGUCAGUUUGAGGAAGGAUGAGAAGGCGCCGGGCGCGACGGGGUAUUGA